AUGGCGUUCCGUGGGAGUAGAGACUCCGUCUACGAAGAGCGAGACCGUUUCUAUGAGCGGCAAGAGCGCAGGAGCCCGCCGAGGCGGGCUGCGCCAGUUCGCGAAUAUGAGGAGACUGACAUUCGUGUCCGCGAGCGGGAGCGUGACUCGGACUCACGCGUUCCCUCGUUCAUGAGAGAUGAACGAGCCCGUGAUGCGCCUGCUGGACCGCUCGUGCUGCGCCAGCGUGAGGUGGAAACCGUGGACCGCCGCCGGCCUCGCUCACCCAGCCCCGUUCGAUACCGUGAGCGUAUUGUCCAACGUGCAAGGAGCCUGACUCCCCCACCACCUCCUCCCAUGGAGCGAGAACGGAUCGAAGUCCGGGACAGAGUCAUCGAGCGGAACCAGUCGAGGGUCCGCUCGCCUUCCAGAGGUCCCUCCAUGGAUCGACUGCGCGCUCGAUUCGUCGACCGUUCGCCGAGCCCUCCGGAGCGGCCAGUGGAGAGGGUUCGCACUCGUUUUGUGGAGCGCGAGAGGUCACCCACCCCGGUCGACAGAGAGCGGGAGAUCCGCAUCAUCGAACGGGAGCGGGAGCGGGAGCGGCUACCGUCCCCUAGCCCUUCGCCCCCUCUAGAGCCUCCCGUGAUCCGCGGCCCAACUAUUGAACGUGAAGUCAUUACGCACUAUCGGGACAUUGACCACGGUAUGAUUGUGGCACGCCCACCGUCGCCGCCUCCCCCUCCUCGGCCACGUGUCCAGGAACGUGACACAGAGAUCGAUAUCACUACUUCGAGGCAUCGCACCGAGGUCGACAUCCACGAGAGCUCUAGGGAACGUAGAGGGGGAGGCCAAUUGAUACGGGUUCCAACUCGUGGCCGCUCCAUCUCUCGCGAGAGACCGGCGCCCGCUCGGCGUAGCGACCAUUACCACGAGGACGACGUCAUGGUGGUUUCCGACCGCAACAGGCUCGAAGUUGACAUCGAGCACCGUCACGGCCACAGUUCGAGUCGGAGCCGCCACCGCCGUGCGCACAGUGCGGCGCCGCCCGUGCUCGACUAUGAUGACGAAGCCGAGUACAUAACGAGCCGCAUCAACGAACGGGGUCGGAUGGGUGAGGCCUGGCACGGUCACACCAAGGACUGGACCAUUGUGGAUGUUCCGCCAGGUACCGAGCGCGUCCGUAUGGAUGGCGUCGGUGGGGGUGGUGCAGACGUAACCUGGUCGCGGUACAACGGCGUCAGACGAGCCAAAUUCGUCCCCGAGCGGGACGGAUCCGAUGUGGGGCCGACGACGUCGUCCACGUCGCUCUCCGAGCGCGACGUUGUGCGAACGCGCGAGAGGGGCACCGACCGCCUCAGCGUGCAGAUCUACGACAAGGACCGCGACCGCGACCGCGAGAUCGACGUCAUUGCCGACAGGCAAUUGGUGCCGGUCGUCCCCAACAAGCGCAGCGACAUGUGGACCGAGAUCACCAAGGAUCUCGUGGUCCGCGAAGCCAUCGAGGAGAUGGGCUACGAGUACGAGGAGACGGAGUGGUUCUUUUAUGUGAUGCAGUAUCUUCGAUAUGAGGAUGUCCUGGAGCUCGUGGAGCGAUCCGACCGGAUCCGCCGCAUUCGCAAGGACCGCAUCCGGGAGAUCCAGUGGGAGAGAGACUACCGCGACGGGUGGGAGCGGCGCCACCGGCACCACCAUCAUGGCCGGUUCAACGACGAGCGCGUCGUGGAGCGAGAGGUGAUUUAUGACCGGCGCGAACCCCGAUACCUGCGCUAG